UCUGUCUGUCUGAUGGAAAGUUCGUCUGCCAAUGACGUGCUGUCUGCUGUGUUUCCAAUCCAAACCAAAAUAACUUAACCUAGAAUGUAACUGGGACCGCCCGUAUAUCUACAUUUAUAAUUUUAGAACGUUUGUGAUUUUUGUAAAGUUUUUUGAGUUUUGUAAAGUGCAGUGAUGGCCCCAAAUAAGAAACAAAAAUCUUCAUCUCUUAAUGAUUUUUUCUCACGAUUUAAAGUCACAUGGAAGAAAUGUUGUUCUUGGAACUAUGCAAUAUCAUUACUACUAGAUCCACGAAAUUUUCUGAUCGUAUCUGUGCUAUUAUUCAUUUUUGAAAUAUUAGUCAAUCUAAUAGUAAUAAGACACGUAAAGUACACUGAAAUUGACUGGGUUGCUUAUAUGCAGGAAGUUGAAGGUGUAAUAAAUGGGACUCUUGACUAUAGCAAACUGAAAGGUGAUACUGGACCUUUGGUGUACCCAGCAGGUUUUGUUUAUUUUUUUGGACUAUUGUAUUUUUUGACAGAACAUGGUACAAAUAUUAGACUCGCUCAGUACAUUUUUGCUGCUUUUUACUUAAUCUUAUUAGCGUUAGUAUUUCGUAUCUACUACAAAACCAAGAAAGUGCCUCCCUAUGCUAUACUCCUAGCAUGUUGUACUUCGUACAGGAUUCAUUCCAUAUUUGUACUUCGAAUGUUCAAUGAUGGUGUUGCGGUCAUGCUUGUUUUUGCCGCUUUAAACUUAUUCCUGGACAAUAGAUGGACCAUAGGAAGCAUAUUCUACAGCCUUGCUGUAUCCGUAAAAAUGAACAUUCUAUUGUUUGCCCCGGCUUUACUAAUAGCUUAUUACUUUUCUCUUGGUGUAAAAGGAACAAUCAAACAACUUACCAUUUGUGGCUUCAUUCAAGUGUUAUUGGGCUUACCUUUCCUAUUUACAAACCCUUAUUCCUACAUUAAAGGUUCUUUUGACUUAGGCCGUGUGUUUCUACAUCAGUGGACUGUAAAUUGGAGAUUUUUGCCAGAAGAAUUAUUUGUUAACCGAUACUUUCACAUUUUGCUUCUAAUAAUUCAUUUGACAUUGAUAUGUGCAUUUAUAAAUUCAUGGAAAACCUACCUCAGCAGCUUUGCCACACUGAAGAUAAUAGAAGAUGAUGUCAAGCCGCAGCUGAAGAAAAGGAAAGAACGUGUCAACAUGGACACUAGUUCACAGUUGUUUAUCUUACCAUUAUUUACUUGCAACUUUUUAGGUGUAGCUUGUGCUCGCUCAUUACAUUACCAGUUUUAUGUAUGGUACUUUCACACUUUGCCUUAUCUUCUUUGGUCUACUCCGUACACUCCAACAUGGAAACUUAUUAUAAUGGGUGUGAUUGAGUUAUGUUGGAAUACUUAUCCCUCAACUAUACUCAGUAGUGCUGCUCUUCACGUUUCACACAUAGCAAUAGUGUUUGGUUUGUUCAGAGCAAAGUAUAAAAAAUCUUAAAUUGCUAAACCGGUGUUGUACAUUUAUCAGGAAUUACAACUGAAAGAGUGGUCUGUAUUUCUCUAAGGCUGCGUUUACACGAGGCCUGUUGGAGGGCAGGGUAGGUGUACUUGCCUUUAGGUGACUUGAAAAUUAGAGGCAAGUAACCUGCCUAGGCUUUACUGGCUUUGUGUAAACGGGGCUUUAGGAAGAAUAUGGAAAACAUUUCUUGUAGCCUAUUUAAAUUAAAUCAAGACUGUAGAGUUCAAGACUAUGAUGAUGAGGUAAGUUCUUGAUACUCCAAAAUCAUUUUUAGAAUUACUGCAGGCCCUGGAAUUACAUAGCGACCUGGAUUAACUUUAUUUAUAUUUGGUAAAUAAAAUAAUAUGUAGUUGGCUGGUUAAAAUGUAUGUGGCCUAUAACUUCAUGAAUGAUAGCAAUAUAUAUACUUUUCUUUUACAAAUUAAAAUACCGGUAUGCUAAAAAAGGUAAAAAAGUGUACAGUAAGAAGUUAGUGACAAUGGCUGCACUUUAACUUACUUUACGUCCUACACCUAAUACAAUAACUAUGAAAACAUUAGGUAAAGUUUUAACUGUGAUGUGGAAGUGCCUUAUACCGAGGCCUAAUAUUUCACCACAUAGUUUUUCGCCCCUUUUUUAUAAUGUGCUUUGUUUUAUAAUAUGCGUGAGUGUACAUAAUUUAAUACUUGUAAGAAUUUAAAUGCAAAUCUAGUCAAUUCACAAGAAGGAUAGGUUAUGAGCAACAUUAUCAUUGUUUGCCAACAACAAAUUAUUAUAUAUAAGUGGAACCAUACAAUUUGUAUCCAGCCACUCAAAUCUGAUACACUAGAUUUUUUAAAACAAUGACAUUGCCUAAAACAGUGAAUACAUUGUCUUUAAUGUAGAAUGUUUCAGCCCUUUUUUUAAGGAUCAAAUUACAACAUAGCAUUAGGCUAUCCGGUAGGCUUAAUUUAACUAAGCGCCAAAAGUAUCCAGACAAUGCUGGAAUUGUGUAGAAAAUAUUCCCAAUAAAAAAAUAAAUGUAAUCAGUUACAAAUGUAUAACACUUUUUAUUAAACUCCGUUGUUAAUAAACUAGAAUAUCCGACAGUCUCAUGUGCUUCUGCACAAUUCUUAACAGUAGUCUUUUCAUUUAUUAUAUUUUAUAAAGACAUUUUGUUUAAAAUAUGUUAUGAUUGUAAAUAUUGAGUACCUAGUUACCGGUACAGUAGCUACUGAGUUUAUUGUUUUCUUGACCCUUUUUUCUUCCUGCAGCCCUUCGAUUCCUCAUCUGAUUAUCUGAACUUUUUAGCACCACCACAACAAAGUGUUCCUUAACCCGCGGUAUAUGAAUUUGGGUUUUGUACAAAAUAAACCAAUGUUUUCAUUUAAGAAAAAAUAUCUUAGAAUUAUUGUUUGUAGACUACCACUGUUUGUACUAUUUGUAUAGUGUGAUUAUGUAUAAUAUUCACAAAUUUAUGUAGAAAAUUAACAAUAAAAUUAUU